GUUGCUCUCAGAGCAACUGGGCCACGCGACGCUGCCCCCAGCGACGGUGGGCCGCGGCGCUCUAUCCCCAAAGACUGCGCCGAAGGGCAGCAAAACGGUGGGCGCAGCCUUCGCCGAGCAACCACAGCUCGGCACAAGUGAAAAGCCAUGUCCGCGGCGCGCCAGUCGCGCCCGCGCAAGGCGAGCGCGCGCGCACGCGAGGCGGCGGCGGACGCCGUCGACGAGUCGGACUCUGACUCGGGGUCGGACUCCGAGCCGGACGAUGUUGAUGGAGACGACGCCUGGGCCCAGUGCGACGCCUGCCAGAAGUGGCGCCUGCUCCCGAAGGACCACGUCGUCGACGAGGGCGCGGACUGGACCUGUUCCCUCGUGGGACGGAGCUGCGACGAGCGCGCCGACGACGCCGUCGAGGAGCCCGCGGGCACGGUGACGCCCCCGCUGUCCGUCGAGCCGGUAUCACUGAAGGACCUCGAUACGACACCGCAGCGAAAAAAAGCCCGGGCCCUCGCGGCCGACCCGGCGGCGAUCCGCGAGGCCUAUGCUCGGGAGAGGCAGGACGCCGGCUCCGAGCGAAAAAAAUCUGAGCAGAAGGGCUGCGGUGGCACCCUUCCCGAGGACCUCAACACGCUCCUCGAGCCGCUCGAAGACGGCAGCAAGCGCUUCGGGCUCGCGUGUUGUGUGGCACGAGGCGUAAUUAAGUACGGCUCGUUGAGAUGUAUGACUGAAGAAAGACUCGGCGACUACGUCAGCCGCGGGAAGGAAGUCUAUGAAGAUUUGGGGCCCAAAUCAAAGCAACACGUAGACUUUAUUGAACGGCUGGCGGCAGAAAUGAAAGUCAAGAAUCUUAGUCGAUAUUUCUACAGCUCACAGUGCCACAGUCAUCUCGGCAAUGUGGGGUCGUUACUCCAGAAGGUAGAGAAAAAACUGAGCAGCGCCGCGCCCGGGGCGGCGCAGACGCCGGGGCGCGCCCGUGGCGCCAAGAAGCGCGGGGCGGGGCCGGCUCGGGUCUCGUCGGACGACGACGACCCGCCCGCGGAUUUGAGCGACGAAGCGCCGGCGCCGCCCGACGAAGACGACUCGCCGCCGCCGCCGCCGGCCGCCACGCCCAAGAAGCGGCAGCGCCGGGACGCGGGGUAGUAACGCGAGA